CCAAAGCUUAGUUUCUCCGAGAAGUUUCAUUCACCUGCUUUUAGUUAUAUCUAGAGAAGGUUUUUUUUUUUAUCUUCACUUAUCUCACAUCUAGAGACCCUAACUGUAAAAAAAUGGAGGCGUUAGUUAAUUUAGAGAAGAUGGGUAGAGAGUUAAAAUGCCCAAUAUGCUUGGGUCUAUUGAAAUCAGCAGUUUCUCUCACCUGCAAUCAUUUGUUUUGCGAUUUAUGUAUUAAGAAAACUAUGAAAUCAGACUCUCAUUGUCCGGUGUGUAAAGUUCCAUUCGGACGAAGAGAGGUUCGUUCGGCUCCGAAUAUGGAUAACUUGGUUAGUAUUUAUAAGAGCAUGGAAGUUGCUUCAGGAAUCAAUACAUUAGCCAGUCAAACUACAGCACAUACUGAUGGAUCAGAUGAAAUUGUUUGUGCACAGAAUAAACCUCAGUAUGCUGCCCAUUCUGAUAGUCCACAAACUCGAGGCAAAGCAAAGAGGAAGAGGAAAUUCAAAAGGAAAACUUCAAAAGAUUGCGAUACUGCUGACAAUGUAUCUCAACCAAGCCAAGAACCUACCUUUCCGGCAAAGAAAAGGGUUCAGGUUCCACAAUGCCUCUUAUCUGAAACCCCAAUGAGGUCUGAGAACUUUGCCGUUGGAAGACUUGAUGAAAUUUCUGAAGAUGGACCUGGGAGUAGCUUAUUUAAAUCGAAAGGGAAGUCCUUUUCUAAUGACAAAGGGGAGCCUGCAUUUGCGCCCUUCUUUUGGUUGAGAGAAGAUAAUCCUGACGAUGAUGUAGAGAAACCAAGUGGUCAGCUGAUGACCUCUGAUGAUUCCAAAGAUACUCCACGAAAAAUUCCUAGCUUCAGUGAUUUAAAAGAUUCUGAUGAUGAGAGCCCUACUAAAUCCAUCGGAAAUGGUGAAGAGAAAACCGAAUCCAAAAUUGCAUACCUUUUUGACAGUGAGAUGUUUGAGUGGACACAGAGACCUUGCUCCCCUGAGCUUUUUUCAACACCUGAGAAAACUAAGGCUGGAUACAAAGAACUGAACACAAUUGAAGAUGAUGAAUGCGUGGUAGCUUCCUCAACUCAGGGUGCACCUACUGGUGAAGCUGUUGCUUCAGAAACAGUGAAAGCCGUCAACUGUGAGCAAGAAAAUGAGAACAUAGAUGAGAAACUUGCACCUGUAAAAGCAAAAAGUUCCAAAAAUCGUAACAAAAGUAAGAAAUCCAAAAGAAAGAGCAAAAGAAACACGGGGAUUGCUAAAGAGAAGUGUGCUAAGAUUUCUACUGAUGAGGUUCUUGGAGAUGUUUGCAUUGAUCUGGGUGAAGUAGGUGAGGUCUCAAAUGAAUCAGUUAAAUGUGCCACUAACAGCACUGCUACAAAUGUGAGGAACAAAAUUUGCAGUAAGAACAAGAAGGCUAGAUUGAACAGUUUCGAUGCUAACAAAGUAACAGAUGAAUUACAUGAAGCGAUUGAAGUAAACAGUGAGAAUCAUGCUACUAAGGAAACUGCUACCAGAUCGCCUACGUCAUUGGAUGACCAACAUACAAAGUCAAUUCACAAAAACAGUGAGAAAAUAAAGAAGCUCGACAUUCAACUCAAACGAACUAAUGCUAGAAGUUUGAAAGACAAAACCGUAGCUGCUGCUGCGGUAGAGGUGGUAGAAGAAGUUCAAAAGAAUGAAAACCAAGAGAAUGGCAAAGCAAACACGAAAUCCCUUGCUCAGACUGACCUACAAGUUGAUCCUCCUAGGACGUCUGAAUUGGAGGAGAGAGCUAGAAACAAGCCCAGGAACGCCAAAAUCUUAGGCAAGAGAAAUUGUGCUAGAGAAUUUGGAAAUCAGAAAAGAUUGAAUUUCACUGAUGAUAGUGUGAAAGGUGUAUCUGCUGGUGAAGUUGCAGUUGCUUCUAGCAAGGUUGUUGAUCCUUCAAAAACAUCCGAGUUGGAGAAGAGAACCACUGACAAACACAGGGACACCAAAAUUGUAGGUGACAAGAGCUGCAUGCAAGAGUUGAGAGAAGGGAAGAGAGUGAAGUUUUCUACUGAUAAUUGUGUGAAGACAGGAGCUGUGGGGAAAGCUCUGGAUGAGUCUAACAAAACUGUUGCGAAGGAAAAUCAAACCAGUAAACAAUUGCAGGAGAAUUCUGAUAAUUCAAGCAGAACUAAAAAAGUCCUUUCUGCGUCUAAGGCUAUGUUACUACAGAAAUGUGAGAAUGUUCCUGUUAAAAUCCAAGAGUUGAGAGAAGGGAAGAGAGUGAAGUUUUCUACUGAUAAUUAUGUGAAGACAGGAUCUGUGGGGAAAGUUCUGGAUGAGUCUAACAAAGCUGUUGCGAAGGAAAAUCAAACCAGUAAACAAUUGCAGGAGAGUUCUGAUAAUUCAAGCAGAACUAAAAAUGUCCUUUGUGCGUCUAAGGCUAUGUCACUACAGAAAUGUGAGAAUGUUCCUGUUAAAAUCCAGUGUGCAUUUUGCCAAUCAUCUACUGAGUCAGAGGCUUCAGGGAAGAUGUUGCACUAUGUUAAUGGCAAGCCAGUAGCUGAUUACAACAAGGGGUCUCACGUCAUACACUCCCACUCAAAUUGCACUGAAUGGGCGCCAAAUGUAUACUUUGAAAAAGAUACUGCAGUCAAUCUUGGAACUGAAGUAGCAAGAAGCAAAAGGAUUAAGUGUAGUUGCUGUGGAAUCAAAGGGGCAUCUCUUGGGUGCUACGAGAAUAGCUGUCGCAAGAGCUUUCAUGUUCCUUGCGCAAAGAUGGUUCCUCAGUGUCGAUGGGAUACUGAGAACUUUGUGCUGCUAUGCCCUAUUCAUUCAUCUUCCAAAUUGCCUAACGAAGUCGCAGGAUCCGUAGGUCAAAGAAGAGAGAAAUCCAUUCCAAAAACAGGAGAAACUGAAGUUCGAGAAGCGGAAGUGGUGGUUCAGCAUGGUCUUAAUACUAGCCAAGCAUGGAAAAGUCUUGGCUCCUCAAAAAAGUGGGUUCUUUGUUGCUCAGGUCUCACAGAUGGAGAGAAGGAAAUUGUUUCUGAGUUCACAAGGAUUACCGGUGUUCCAGUAUCAAAGACUUUUGGCACUAAUGUUACUCAUAUCAUUGCUUCAACUGAUACGAGUGGAGCAUGCAAAAGAACCCUAAAAUUCUUGCUGGGCAUCUUAGAUGGGAAAUGGAUACUGAAUAUUGAUUGGAUUAAAGCUUGCUUACAAGCCAUGGAGCCUGUUGCUGAGGAGCAAUAUGAAGUCAAAGUUGAUAUCCAUGGAAUCGAGGACGGGCCUCUACUAGGAAGACUACGAGUCCAGAAAAAGCAACCAAAGCUUUUCAACGCGUUGAACUUCUACUUCUUUGGAGAAUUUGUGCCUUCUUACAAAGGAGACCUUCAAAAUCUUGUUGUUGCUGCUGGAGGAACUGUUUUACACAGGAAACCCAUCAAGGGAGACCUAGGCUUAUCAUCGUCUGAUUCAUCUAUGUCGACCUUCAUAAUUUACAGCCUUGACGUACCUGAUGAGUGCGACCCCAGGAGAAAGAGUACGAUCUGUAAUCGCAGGAAGGAUGAAGCUCGUGCUUUGGCAGGCUCCAGUGGAACAAAAUUUGCUGGCCAUCCAUGGUUGUUGGAUUCCAUUGCUGCAUGCAAGUUGCAGCGUCUAACUUAAGAAGAGUGGCUGCUGAAUUUGCUUUCUUUAAUCUCUAGUUUCCUGGUUUCAUUUGUAUAUAACUUGAGGUAGCAUCUAGGAUCUGGUUUUGACUUCAGUAUAUUGAUAAAGUAGAUAUUACGUGCUAGGAGUUGUAGAAGAGGUUUUCUUUGCAUAUUACUCAUUCCUUGUUUAUUAGUUAAAGAUUUCAAUCA